UGCGUACUCCGCCCCAGGAUGUGAGGUGUAGUUGUCCAGCUUUUGCCAAAGCGGAAACGCUUCGGAUCCCGCGGCCGGUGUGUCUCUAUUUCACCGGUCAGAUUCUGUUUUGCAAAAGGUAAGUCACGGAAAGGGCGCCCUUCCGUGCCGGGCGGUAAAGAUUCUGUUUUUGUGGGAGACCGCGUCGGCGAAGUCAUUUGUCCCUUGGCUCACGCCGUAGUGGCCGCCGCCCAUCCCUCUUUGUGUGCUUGGGACGCCAGGGAUCUGCGGUGGCGACAGUUGGAGAGGGACGUUCCCGGAAAGUUACCGGUCAGAAGAAACUAUCUCCACAUCACCACCUGACAGGUCACAACCAUGUCAGACAAAAGUGAAUUAAAAGCUGAGUUGGAACGUAAGAAGCAACGGUUGGCCCAAAUCAGAGAAGAAAAGAAGAGGAAAGAAGAGGAAAGGAAAAAAAAAGAAACUGAUCAGAAGAAGGAAGCUGCAGUCUCUGUGCAGGAAGAGUCUGACCUUGAAAAGAAGAGAAGAGAAGCCGAAGCCUUGCUUCAGAGCAUGGGGCUAACUACAGACUCCCCAAUUGUUUUUUCUGAGCACUGGGUCCCUCCUCCCAUGUCUCCAUCCUCCAAGUCGGUGAGCACGCCAAGUGAAGCUGGAAGCCAGGACUCUGGAGAUGGCGCCGUGGGAUCUAGGACGCUGCACUGGGAUACAGAUCCAUCAGCUCUUCAGCUCCACUCAGAUUCCGAUUUGGGACGAGGACCUAUUAAACUUGGAAUGGCCAAAAUUACUCAAGUCGACUUUCCCCCUCGAGAAAUCGUCACAUAUACAAAGGAAACUCAGACCCCGGUUACAGCUCAACCCAAAGAAGAUGAGGAGGAGGAAGAUGACGUAGCAGCUCCUAAGCCUCCUGUUGAACCUGAAGAAGAGAAAAUUUUAAAAAAAGACGAAGAGAAUGAUAGCAAAGCUCCCCCUCAUGAACUAACUGAAGAAGAAAAGCAACAAAUUUUACACUCAGAAGAAUUUUUAAGUUUCUUUGACCAUUCUACAAGAAUUGUAGAAAGAGCCCUCUCUGAGCAGAUUAACAUCUUCUUUGACUACAGUGGGAGAGAUUUGGAAGACAAAGAAGGGGAGAUUCAAGCAGGUGCUAAGCUGUCAUUAAAUCGACAGUUUUUUGAUGAGCGUUGGUCAAAGCAUCGAGUUGUUAGUUGCUUGGAUUGGUCAUCCCAGUAUCCAGAAUUACUUGUGGCUUCCUAUAAUAACAAUGAAGAGGCUCCUCAUGAGCCUGAUGGUGUGGCCCUCGUAUGGAAUAUGAAGUACAAGAAAACUACCCCAGAGUACGUGUUCCACUGCCAGUCAGCUGUAAUGUCUGCUACAUUUGCAAAAUUUCAUCCAAAUCUUGUUGUUGGAGGUACAUACUCAGGCCAAAUUGUGCUUUGGGAUAACCGUAGCAAUAAAAGAACCCCCGUCCAGAGAACACCACUGUCAGCUGCUGCACACACACACCCUGUCUACUGUGUAAAUGUUGUUGGAACACAAAAUGCUCAUAAUCUGAUUAGCAUCUCUACUGAUGGAAAAAUUUGCUCCUGGAGCUUAGACAUGCUUUCCCAUCCACAGGAUAGCAUGGAGUUGGUUCAUAAACAGUCAAAGGCAGUAGCUGUAACAUCUAUGUCUUUCCCUGUUGGAGACGUCAACAACUUUGUUGUGGGCAGUGAAGAAGGUUCUGUGUAUACAGCAUGCCGCCAUGGCAGCAAAGCCGGAAUCAGUGAGAUGUUUGAGGGACACCAGGGACCCAUCACGGGAAUCCACUGUCACGCAGCUGUUGGCGCAGUAGACUUCUCACAUCUGUUCGUCACUUCGUCUUUUGACUGGACAGUAAAACUUUGGACAACUAAGAAUAACAAGCCUUUGUACUCAUUUGAAGAUAAUUCAGACUAUGUCUAUGAUGUUAUGUGGUCACCCACCCACCCAGCCCUGUUUGCCUGUGUGGAUGGCAUGGGGAGACUGGAUCUAUGGAAUCUCAACAAUGACACAGAGGUGCCGACUGCCAGCAUUUCUGUGGAGGGCAACCCUGCCCUUAACCGUGUGAGAUGGACCCACUCGGGAAGAGAGAUCGCCGUGGGUGAUUCUGAAGGACAGAUUGUCAUAUAUGAUGUGGGCGAGCAGAUCGCUGUUCCCCGAAAUGAUGAAUGGGCAAGAUUUGGCCGAACACUCGCAGAGAUUAACGCAAGCCGAGCUGAUGCAGAGGAGGAAGCGGCUACCCGGAUUCCUGCCUAGGCCUGGAGGGUGGCCGUAGCCUUAUCGAGUCUGGCAAAGAGGAUGAAGUAGAUCCUAAACUAUUUGCAUGCUUCUGAUUAAACGAGAAUUAAAAGAAAACUCCAUGGAUAGACUGGGUUUAAUACAGGAAGCAAAGCUUACCGAGCCCUUUUAUAUUCUAUUCCCUUUGCUUUGGAUUGGUGUCAUUUUUAAUACAGCUGACAACUUUACAGAAUGCAGCCUUUUCUGAAUUCUAACACAUGGGUGUAUAUUGUUAAUUAUUCUUUUGGAUUCUUUUGAACUUGUACUACUAUAUAUAAUUAUUUCUAAAGCACAGACUAAGUGAGUUCUGCAUAUUUCUAAAGAGCCACAGUCCCUUAUUAUGCAAUACAGUACAUGGGUCCUUGUCAGUUAUGUCCUCACUGCCCUGAGUGAGUAGGAACAUUGUUCUUAGUGCCAGCAUGCAUUCGCCUACCUGUUUUAAGUUUCAUGUUGAUGCCGUUUUCCUUCUCUAUAGUUCAUGGUAGUUAUCUAUAAAUAAAAACAAAUAUGUGCUAACUUUUCAAAUUUU